UUUGCAACGAUUUUUUUUUCGGGGAUAGGGGCAAAAUGAAGCCUCCAAAAAACGUAUUUAGAGGCGUGCGAGACAGAAGUAUUGGAAUAAGAAGGAAGCCUGGAAGAAAUGAUAUCCUGAAAAAUCAUGCAGAUUUUAUUGGUGCCAAGUAUUCAUCCCAAAUCGUACCUUUGCGGCUUCCGAGCGAUGUCCGCUCCACCUUCCUGGUGAGCUUCAGCUAUGACAGCACCCUCAUGGCCUCGACCCAUGGCAAUCAUCACAUCUACAUCUGGAGGGUCAAGACCAGGAAGUGUAUUCUGACCCUGGCAGGUCACCCUCGAACUCCUUGGACCAUCAUGUUUCACCCCUCCUCCAAGGAGGUCCUGGCCUCAGGGUGUCUCGGAGGCGAGGUGCGCGUCUGGGACCUUCAGGGAAGUAGUGAAAAGUGGUGCUCACCAAGCCGGACGACCAUCACGUCUCUCUCCUUUCAUCCCCGGGACAGGCUCCUCGCAAUCGCCACGGGCAACCAGAUCUUUCUAUGGGAUUGGAACGAGCCGUCUCCGUUCACCAGCGUGCAGACGAAUAAUACUUUUGAAACUGUCAGAUUGGUGAAGUUUGAUUCUCUUGGCCACUUCCUGUUGACGGGUAUUGCCAAUUUGCUACCCGAACAAGAUGCCAGCAAUAGUGAUGAGAACACACAAGAUUCCAACCAGGGCUCAGAAGAAAGUGAUCCCGAGCCCCUUGAACCGGACACAUACCCUGCUCCUUCCAUACCAGAGCCAUCUAUACCCCCGGAUAUACUACAAGGACAACAAGGAGAUUCUUCGUUAAAUCGCCCCAUAUCACCGGAGUCCAUGGACACCUUAGAACAAGCGAGGGAGUAUGCUGCUUCUGUGACGUUAAAUGCCCUACGAAGCCGCCACCAGAGGGGAUUUGUUCCCGGGGUCCCCAUCGAUCCCCCCAACUACCCGAGCAGCUUUGCGCAACCGCUUGGGUAUAUAACCCGCACCAGCCUCCCGUCACACGAGGGCGCCGGGUCAAGCAUGAGGCGACUCCCGGGUUCAUCCAGGGAGCGCAGGAUGAGGCAUUCCGUCGAGUCGUUGUCGAACCUUGCCAAUUUUGCAUCCAACCCUCCAACCAACAGCCUCUCUCAACUCUCCCAGAACCUCACCAAUGAGUUCGCUCUGCCACGCCCUGCCCCCGUGGAAGCAGACUCCCACAGCCCCACCAACGAACACCCCCAGGAGAUCAUCAUUCCCUCCGACGAUUCUUCGGACACCCCUUCCUCGCAGACGGAUGAGCCGGGUCCAGCAGAACCGGUCAUGGUCGAGGUGGAAGGAGAGAAUGUUCAGGUUGCCGUGGUGACGGAUACGCGAGCUGCUCCGUUGUUCCAGCCGAGGGCUGAGAGCGCUUACGUGGGGAGGAUACCUUCCCGUAGACCACGCACACAGCAGAGUGCCGACUCCAGCGGGUCACAUUUCCCUACUGCUCUAGUCAUGCCUUCCCAACUGUCUCGGCGGUCCCUUCCAAGCAAUCUGAGCAUCCCUGGUCGCAGAUUCGGGCAGGGUGCAUCUGGGGACCUUCCAUUAUCGAGAGAGGAGGGGGAAGGUCCACCAUGCCCGGAGGGAUCAUCAAGGCGGCGAAGAGCAGUCCCUCAGCUCAGCCGGCGCUCCCUCCAGGGGCAGUUGAACAUUCCAGGGAGGCGAUACAACCCUGGUGUAGUAGGGGAGCAACCAUUAAGCAGACAGGGGGAUGAGGAUGGCCAGUCUGGGGAGGGACUGCGAAGAAGGAGACCGUCUAGGUUUGGCUUCCACCGUACAGCUCUCAGAAGGCGUGUUCUACACAGUCAUUACAGUACCAGUUUGUUUGAUAACACACAGCCCCCAUCUCCAUCAGUACAUUACGCAAUCAACAGAGCUAUUGCCAACGCUUUGGCAGGACGAGGUCAGAUGGCCGUUGCAAACAACAUCAGUAAUCGAACACACAGACUUCAGUGGUGGGAUAUGUCAGAUUUUUUUCUCCCCGAUAUUACAGAUGCCCAGAGUAACGUGAUUGUCUCCGAGUGCAAGAUUCAUAAUGAUGCCAGCGUGGAUAUCUCGAGCGAUCGUCGUCUUGCGGCGUUCAUCCCGAGCCACAUGGGGUUUCCCGAUCACGGUGUCUUAGCUGUGUGCUCGCUAGAGAGACAUAACCUGGGAGAAGUGCUCUUUACCAAGAGCUUUGGACCAAAUGCCAUCACUGUGAGUCUGUCUCCCUCCGGCAACUACAUCUUAGUGGGUCUGGCUGCAAGGAGACUACAAUGGCAGAUGUUUCAUGGGUUAAUGGCCGAUGUCUACCAGCUGCAAAAGCCAGAAGCCGGCGAGGACUCGAUGACGUUUGUCAAUCGAAUCAUCCACCCCUUAGACCCCCAGCAGAGGUUGGUAGUCAGCGUGAACAUCGCCCGUUGGAUACCAAGGCCCGGGGCGGGGCUGGUCUACGGUACCAACAGGGGGAUCUAUGCUUCUGCACUCCCAAGUGAGAUUGACAAUGAAGACGAACCUGUGGUAAGCGAGAGCACGUCGACGUCUGAACCUUCGGAGGCCUCUGCUAAUCAGCUGGACAUGGUGGAGCGACGGCGUAGCUACAGAGAGCUCGGCAUGAUGGCCGUACGACUCUCCAACUCUCAGACGGGCAGUCCGUCGGGCGAGGCCUCUCGCCAGGCAUCGGUGUCCCAGUCCACACAGACUGGGAACAACGUGUUCCAGAACAUGGCCACGCAGACAGACUUUGGGAAUGAGGGCCACGUGGCAGGACGGGAGAGGAUAGCGGAAAGGAGGAGUGAUGUGUCGAGGCCCUACGCAGUGGCACUUUUGUGGAGGAGCGAGCGGGAGAGAACAGCGAAGAAAGCGCCCAACGAGCGGAAGAUGAGAGCAGGGAGGAGGAGAUGCAACGUCCGUCCGGAUCGCAUCAUCGUCGGGCAUCGCAUGAUGGCGCAACGGAAGAAAGAGAUGAGAGUAGCGGAAGUACAGCGAAUGUUAGAGGAAGUGUACGAGGAGAAUGCUGUGAUGCCAGCACGGAAAUCACUAAUCAUGACAACCAGUACACUAGAGGACAGGUCGGAUCUAGUGGCAACGAGAGAAAUUCGCGAAGGACGUUCACGGAAGACAACCAUUCAGAAUUAG